GAGACCCUUCUCCGGCCCUCCCUCCUUUCGCUUCUUUCUUUUCUUUCAUCUGUGGGUUGUGGAUUUUCAUCUUUUCAGGUGUCUGCCCGCUGUCGUCACUACAAUUAACCUUCAUAUAUUUGUAUGUAUAUAUCAACCUAUACAUACAAUUUCCAAACCAUCACUCCAUCUCACAUAAACACUCACUUCCCAAAGCGUCGUUUCUUCCUCCGAUCUCCUGAACGAAUUAAAUUCUAGGGUUUAUCCCAUAAUCGCCAAUAAACUACUUGUCAAAGAUCUGUAAAAUUAUUAGAUCUCAAUUCAUUUUCCGUUGUAAUUCCAAAUUAAACCGGGCCGUUUGAUUCGUGUAUAUAGGGAAGGAAGAAUUUUGUUUGUCUUUGUUUCCCUUUAAAUUAGGGUUUGUUUGAUGAUUGAGAGAGCGUUGGAAGAUCUGGAGAUAUCGGUGGAUUUUGAUUGGAGUGUUUUAUAAAUAUGGAGUUAGAUUUUAACAGUGACGUGGCGUGUCUCGAUGCCGACUUGUUGCAGCUGCCAGAGGUGGCUCCUUUGGCUAUCAAAGAUAACCCUUGUGUCGCCGAGAAGCUUUUCGACCAAUGGCUUUCGCUUCCUGACACCGGUUCAUUGGUCAAAUCUUUAAUUAAUAAUGCCAAGGGAGGUGGUCCUUUAAAUGUUUCUGGAACAUCUUCUAACACAAGUUCUGCUGCCAGUAAUUCAUUGCCUUCCAUGUUUCCUGCCGGCAGCACGCCUCCACUUUCUCCAAGAAGUUCAUCUGGUUCCCCUCGAACCACCAAGCAACAAAGGGCAGGCCCCUCUGUAUUGGGUUCUCCUUUAAAAUUAGUGAAUGAACCAGUUAAAGAGCUUAUACCUCAGUUUUACUUUCAAAACGGCCGUCCACCUCCAAAUGAGAUGAAAGAGCGGUGUUUGUUUAGGAUCAAUCAGUUCUUUUAUGGCCACAUGGAUGGAUUACAAAUGCAUGAAUUUAAACCUGUGACAAAGGAAAUUUGCAAGCUGCCAUCAUUCUUCUCCAGUGCACUUUUCAGAAAGAUGGAUCUUGAUGGUACAGGGAUCAUUACCAGAGAUGCGUUUGUUGACUACUGGGUAAACGGCAACAUGUUGACAAAAGAUAUUGCUACGCAGAUAUUUAUAAUAUUGAAACAGCCAGAUUUCAGAUACCUGACUCAGGAUGACUUCAAACCUCUACUUCGAGAACUUUUGGCAACUCAUCCAGGCUUGGAGUUCUUACAGAGUACACCUGAAUUUCAAGAGAGAUAUGCUGAAACUGUAAUAUACAGAAUAUUUUACUACGUGAAUAGAUCGGGUAAUGGUCGUCUUACCCUCAGGGAGCUUAAACGUUCGAACUUAAUUGCUGCAAUGCAACAUGCUGACGAGGAGGAGGAUAUUAACAAGGUUUUGAGGUACUUCUCGUAUGAACACUUUUAUGUGAUUUAUUGCAAGUUUUGGGAGCUGGACACAGAUCAUGAUUUUUUAAUUGAUAAAGAGAACCUUAUAAGAUAUGGCAACCAUGCGCUUACCUACAGAAUUGUCGAUAGGAUAUUUUCUCAGGUGCCAAGAAAGUUCACCAGCAAGGUUGAAGGAAAGAUGGGAUACGAAGAUUUCGUUUAUUUCAUAUUGUCAGAGGAGGAUAAAUCAUCUGAACCUAGUCUUGAAUACUGGUUUAAAUGCAUAGAUUUGGAUGGGAAUGGGGUUAUAACAAGGAAUGAACUGCAAUUCUUCUACGAGGAGCAGUUGCAUAGAAUGGAAUGCAUGGCCCAGGAGCCUGUACUUUUUGAGGAUAUUUUAUGCCAGAUGGUUGACAUGAUAAGUCCAGAGAAUGAAAGCUACUUUACAUUACGUGACCUGAAAGGAAGCAGGCUGUCAGGCAGUGUAUUCAAUAUCCUUUUCAACCUCAAUAAGUUCAUGGCAUUUGAGACCCGUGAUCCUUUUCUAAUCCGUCAGGAGCGUGAGAACCCAACAUUGACAGAGUGGGAUCGUUUUGCCCACCGAGAAUAUAUUAGGCUCUCAAUGGAGGAAGAUGCGGAGGAUGCCUCUAAUGGAAGUGCAGAUGUUUGGGAUGAAUCGCUUGAGGCUCCAUUUUGAGUUUCAGUGGGUGUCUGUACUGAAUUCUUUCAUUACAAGCUUGCUAUCCAGCUGAUACCAGUUGAUUUGCAGGCAGAUCUUCGGGAGAAAACCAGCAUUGCUGUUCAAAAUGUCCAAAGAUCUUUCUGAUGCAGCCAGAAGGAAAUGUUCAUUUGAUCUGAUGGUGACGAGCUUGCCAAGCUGAGGAAUUGCGAAAAUUUCCUUGUUAGGUGGAAGUCCCCGGUUAGAAUGUUAGGACACUUGGGGAGGUAGGCCCACUUGGAAAUUAGGUGAUAACCGAAAAAGCUUUGCGUUAAGUUAUUAUCUCUGGUCUUUUCUCUUAUUAGUUGUAAGGCAAAUAUUUUGAAUAAUUGUUCUCUAGUGCCAAACUCCAGUCCUUCACUCAAUACUUCUUUUCAAGUUGUAGUGUGGUCAGAACUCAGGUUACGUAUCUCGUGCUGAUCCUUUUUGUCUUUUAAAUUUUCUAAGAUUUUGAGUCUGUAGCGGUUUUUGUUAGUUUUGUGCCGUGGAUUUUGUGUAAUGAUGAUGUUGUUGUUCGCUUACUUUGAUUGAACUAUUGCUGUUCUUUCUGAUGGAUGUGAAUAUAAAUUCAUUUGUUA